UACUGAGGCUGACUGCAUUGACUGCAAUAAAUUAUUUCAGAAUCAAAUCUUUUAUACAAUUUUGGUCGUCGCCCGGUCCUUUUGUGUCUUGUCUUCCUCAGGCAGAGGCGUUUCCCUGUAUUAUAGUAAAGAUGGCUGUCAACACAAUCCUCUUGGAUUUGACAGUUGACCCUCAAAAAAUCGUGGAGAAAAAUGGCCUCAAGUCCGCAGUCCAGGAUGUUUUAUCAAAGUUCAUCCCGGAGCUGAAGGAGGUUUACACCAGUGACUUUCAAGGCGGAGGAACCUUGUAUACUUUCACAGCUGUGAGAGACUCUUUCAUAACUGUCAGAGCUUUUACCAAGGGUGUCAUAUCUAUCAACAUUGAGUAUUACCGGGAAGACGGUGAUGAACCCCUUUUGUCGUUUGAGAAGUCGCGAAGUUUGGACGUACAGCUGAGAUUUGCCCUCUCAGCGACUCGCAGCAAAUUGUUCCCUCCGAUACGAAGGGGUGCAAGGUUCGAUGUAUACCUCAAUUCUUCAGACGAGAGAAUUUUAGAGUACGACAUCGAUGCUGUGGUCUUUGAGGAGCAGUCUCCUUACCAGAAGGUGCAGAUUGUGCAUUCUAAGAGCUUAGGAAACCUCUUGGUUUUGGAUGAACUACAAAAUUUGUCAGAGCGAGACCUGAUCUACACCGAGACAUUGAUGCAGAGAGGCAAGGAAGAUUACGCAGGGAAAGAAAUAGUGAUACUUGGAGGUGGAGAUGGAGCACUGCUGUAUGAACUGCUCAAAGAAAAGCCCAAGUUUGUCACCAUGCUGGAGUUAGACGAGGUAGUGAUCAGAGCAUGCAGGGAACAUUUGAGAGGCUGCUGUGGAGAUAUUCUGGACCAGUUGGAGGGGCCCAACUAUAAGAUAGUGAUUGACGAUUGCGUCAAAUCGUUGGACCAGAUGAUCGCUGAAGGCAAGAAGGUAGAUUACGUGUUUGGAGACCUAACUGACAUUCCUGUAUCAGUGACUCCACAAGGUGAAGUUUGGGACUUUAUUCGUCUGAUUCUCAACAAGGCUAUGCAAGUUAUUAAGCCAUCGGGAAAAUAUUUGACCCAUGGUAACGGUGUUUCCAGCCCGAAAUCUCUAGCGAUGUUUGAAGACCAGCUGCGUAACUUACAAAUUCCAGUCGAAUUCACCCGAGACACAGCUUUUGUUCCGUCUUUCCUCGAAGAUUGGGUUUUCUACCAAGUUUGGCCCAAGUUGGUUAACUAGUAACGCUUUCUAUGACACCGGUAUCCCUUUAAUCCAUGAUAUGCCACCGUGCAUUUAUUACAGUACAGAAGUAAGCACCAUACUAUGACAUGAGGAGAUGUGUAUAUCACUGUAGAAUAGGACAUUCGAACAAAUACGAAGAACAUUGUUUGUUGUAAGUUUAUUGUAUUAAUUUAAAGACAUGAAAUAGGUUUUUGUUGGUUUGGAAUGAAUGUACACGCACAAAGGAGAUGUAAUCCAUGUGCGUUGAAGGAUAUUUAAAUACAAAUUCUAGCCUGUGAUUUAACAGUGUGUGUUUCUAGUCGGAAUUUGUAAAUAGAAACGUUUUCAUGGAUUUUGUGUAUUGACCAGAUGAUUUGUUUAUUUACCUCAGGGCACCAAGUAGGUCUAGUUUAUAUUGUGUUAUGUAUCUGUAAGAUUUCUAGAAGAAGUCUAAAAUACCCCCGCCGCAGCA